AUGGCGGCGCGCGCGCACAACAAGCGGCCGCUCGGCGCCGUCGCGCCGGAGCCGGAGCAGGAGCGGGAGCCGGAGGCGGUGUGUUCCCCGAGGAAGCGGCUGCGGCGGGCGGGGCUCCUCGUCAUGUGGCUGGACGAGGGGAAGGCGAGGGUGGUCACCAUCGGCCAGAUGGCGCGGAUGCUUCGCCAGGCGCAGCGCGACGUGGCGAGUUCCAUCAUGGAGAGGCUGGAGAGAGUUUUGGGGGAGCAUUUCGGUGCUUUCCAGAGUUCUAUUAUGGGACGCAUCGAAGAUAAGGUUCAGUCAAUUGUACAGACAAAGAUGCAGGAACAACAAGCCGCUUCGCUUCCUAGUGCCGUUCAUGAGCCUCCUCCUAGGCAUGUAUCGGAAGGCUUUCCUGAAACUGGAAGCAUCACUGGAGUCGUCAAGCUACACUUUGAUGUUGCAGGACCAAAAGAUACACUUUUCACUCGUUGUCCAGUAUGGAAGAAUGGAGCAAACGCUAAAGUAGCAAUACUUCAAAAUGAGAAGCCAAUCACGCAGGGUGAUCUUUCUAAAUUGCAAAUUGAGAUCUUACCUGUUCAUGCUGAUUUCUUUACCGGACAAGAGGAUUUCACCAAAGAUGAAUUCAGCAAGCAAAUUUAUAUGUAUAAAGGGAAAGAGUCGGUCUUGACAACCGUUAGUCUUACAAACGGCGAGUCCUCUCUUGGUUCAUUCUCCUUUCCAGAGAGCUCCCACGGGAAAAAGUUAAGAUUAACAGCUCGAGUGAAAAGGCAGGAUCUUACUGUCAGAGUUCAGGAAGCAAUAACUGAUCCUUUUGUCGUCAAAGACCGUCGAAGUGAAUCAAAUGAGAAGAGUUCUAUUCCAUCCAAGGAAGACGCUAUACAUCAACUGAAGAAAAUUUGCUUAAAGGGAAAACAUUGGAAUAACCUUGUGGAGAAAAAUAUUACGAAAGUGAAGCACUUGUUGCGCCAUUAUCACAAAGAUAAAUUUGGUCUCCAAGAGCUUGCUGGCAUGAAGAAUGGGGAUUGGAAUUCCAUGAUUGAACAUGCUACCAUGUCUGUUCCUGGGGAUGAGAUCUAUUCGUAUUGGGUUCCAGAGGAUAAUUGUGAAAUAUUAUUCAAUGAUUUCUAUGAUGUUGUCGGUAAGAUGACUGAUGUCUAUGUUCCGUACAGUGUCAGUGACGUCGAUCAGUUUCCACAGCUUAAAGUGAAGAAUUGGAAAAUGUCUGCAUACAAGAAAUUUGAGGAGCUGGAGAACUCAGGGCGUCUUGUCCCUGAUUACUUCCUGAGUAACGGCCGCCUUGUCCCGGCAGCACCUCCGAACAACGGUGCCAGUACUUCCAAAAAUCAAACAACUGCAGAAUUUGGUGAGCAACAACCAUUUCUGCAGGAGAGUGGAUUCCCACUGGCACAGAUCUUUGCAAACAAUGUUGCUGGUCCUUCGAAUCAAGGACCACCAUUUGCACAGUCCAGUCAUGAACAGGUUACGCAUCAAGAACUAUAUCAGCAGGAUCCUUCUACACUGUGUAAUGGAAUUCCUCCCUAUUUCACCCAUGGAAACGUCGAUGGUCAGGGAUCAUUCUCAGCCUGGUCAAUCAGCCAAUCCCACAAUUUUGCACCAGCUGAAGAGAACAACUCAAUGACUCGUACAUAUCUAACUGCCCAACACAAUGGAUACUCAAGCUCCUUGAUGACUGCUGCUCCUGGUGGAGUUAGUCAGGGAACCUCUUCACUUAACCAUGAUCAGUCUGGGACCGUCAAUGCGUUAUAUACAAUUGAAGAACUGCUAGGAGUAGUAGAAGAAGCACAUGUGGCGGGUCAGGGCUUCAUACCUCCUAACAACGCAGAACUGCCGAAUUCCAACAACCAAUCUCAUGGUGGCUACUGGUGACUGAACUAGAGACCACUGCAACAGGCUUUCCUCUACCAGACUAAGCAUGAUGGUGGCAAUCCUUGAUUCAAGUAUUCUUGUGUGAAUAAGCAUUUGUAGUUUGUAUAAGUAUCGAAAGUGUUGUGACUUGUGAGUAGUAACAGGCAAUAUUGUUCAGCAUGUUGCUGAAUUUGCUACUGGUUGCAGUAGGCAUUUUGUGUUGUAUUCUUAAAGAACAAUCUUUUGGAAAAACAGGGCACUUGCCUUGUCUUGGAUGCCCAGGAGCAAAUAUUUGUAUU